GGAAGAAAGAGAGAGAGAGAGAGACUCACACUUUUUAAGGGACUGUUUUAAACUUACAAUGAGGAAUAAAGAGAGAGAACGUGAUUUUAAUUCGAUUUAACUCGUCAGACGUGCUGGCGCGCGUUGCCGAAUAGCGUGAACCCCCCUGCUCACACAAUACGUACACACACACACACACACACACGGACGGACAUUCACGCGCACACACACACACCUUGGACGGAGAGCCGCCGCGACGGACGGAGACAAAAGAGAUUUUUGUUUUUGACUUUAAAAUGACCACCGAGCGUGACGUUGUGCCCGUGGGCAGACGGACAUUACCAGCUCGGGUCUGCUGAGGCUGUUGUUCCUGUUUCUCUACCUGUUUUGCAUCGUUCUAAUCGAGCCGAUUAAAACUGAGAGCAGAUAAGGAGCGUUAUUAAUAAAUAUUAAUCGAUUAUUAGUCGACUGAUAUGUCUAAUCUGUCAUUUCAGUGACAACGUAAUUAUACAGAUUGUAAUAAAAUGUCUCACUUCCUUUAACAUGAUGGUAACACCAAUACAAAUGUGUAAAAGAAACGUGGCACCAAUUAGUCAAUUUGCGUAUGAAUACCAAUUGAUUAUAGUUGAGUUGGCACUGAAAACUUUUUGAUGAAUGAUGCAUCUGUUUUUGUUUUAGAGGUGGUUGUGGUUGUAUUUCACUUUCUCUAUCUCUUUCUCAUUCUCUCUGCCUCUCUCUCCCCUACACUCUUCCUCUAAGAUAAUAAGUCUUAUUAAUCAAUAUAAGUCGAUUAUUAGUAGACUGAUAUGACUAAUAUGUCAUUUCAGUGACAGAGUACAAUUAUACUGAUUACAUUAUAAUGUCCCUAAAUCACCGGACACUCACUUCCUUUUGUUGAGAAUGACAUCAUUACACAAAUGUGUAGAAAAAAACGUGACACUAAAUAAUUAGUCGAUUUGUCUAUGAUAAUUAUCAUAAACAAUUAUAGUUGAGUUGGCAUUGAAAACUUUUUAAUUUAUUGAAUGAUGUGUGUUUUGUUAUAGAGAGGGUUGUGGCUGUGCUAAAUGUAUUUCACUUUUUUUCAAUCUUUUUUCUUUCUUCUACUGGCUUUCUCUUAUUUUAUAUUAAUAUUAGUCGAUUAUUAGUCAACUGACUAAUGAGUCAUUACAGUGACAGUGCAUAACGAUUAUAUUAUUAUAUUAUGUUGCCCCUAAAUCACCCCACACUCGCUUCUGUUUACAGUGGCUAACAUCAUUAUGCAACGUUUAAAAUAACAACGUGACUCUCAUUAGUCCAUUUGUAUAUUAAUAAUAAUCGAUUAUAGUUGAGUAUAGGGAAAACUUUUGUAAUGAAUGACGUGUCUGUUUUUGCAUUCGUGGUGGUUUGUAUCUCUCUCUCUCUCUCUCUCUCUCUUUCUCUCUCUCUCUCACUGGCUCCCUCUAAGCCCUGUUGAUCUCCGCGCACAUGCUGAUGAUGAGCUCGCGUGACGGUGAAAGCGAUUAAUCGAGCCGUUUUGAUGCAAUGAUUUAUUGAGUCUCGAUCAGCAGGUAUUGAUCACUCCCCCGGUCACUCGGUUUGUGCGUUGCAGCUAUUGUUCCCUCUGUCCGUCGCUCCUAUUGUCCCCCUUCGCCGCGUGACCCCCCUCCCUCCAACCCCCCUCCACCUUACCACCCUCCUCCUCCUCUCCUCCUUCCUCCUCACCCCCCACCCCGGUUGCAGCAAUAGUCUCGCGGACGCAGCUCUUGCGCUCUGUGCGCUCUGUGCGUCUUGCGUUGGGGUUGUGCUGCGUUGCGUUGCUUUGCGUUAAAAAAAACGCGUAUUUUGGAGCCUUUAGACGUUAUUUUUCUACGUUGUCGUGAUGUUCACCACCUACACGCGACCACAGACAGAAACUUGUGUCUCUCGUGCGUGGUUUUACCUGCGUUUGGACGGCGCGCCGGAGUCCGAGCUCCUUUUGUCCUGCUCCGGCUCGGUCGGCUGUCUGGAUCUCCACUCCUAACGGGGGGCUAUGCUCCACGGUGCCUCGCUGGAGUGUCGGUGGGAUUAUUCGUGACUGCUGGGUCUUAAUGGUGGACAGCCCUGUAAAAUGCCGGUGAGCACGGCGAGCUAUCGGCUAUAGGUGAGCACUCCUGACUGCUGCAGCCUUCACCUCGGCAAGCAUCGCUCUUCCCCCACGCACCAAUCAGAGCGAGAACAUUGCUGCCCUCUGCCUUUGCCCUUCACCCCUCCCUCCCCCCUCUCUCUCCCUCCCCCUCGUGCUGUGGGCCAUGUCUGGCAGUGGGGGGUCGAUGGAGGGAAACCAAGCCAGAGAGGAUGAGGACGCCCGGGACAGCUGCUGUGGUGAUGAAGACUCGUCGCCUGUGGUCGAGAGGCGAAACCGGAGUGGCAUCAUCAGCGCCCCUCUCAGCAAGAGCCUCAAACACUCCCGGGCACUCUCGCAGUACAUCGCGACCUGCUCGGCCGCUGCCGCCGUCGCCACUGCUAACGCUAACAGACUCGCCCAGAGCUCCCUAGUUUCCACGGGAGUCAAGGCCCACUCCGCAGCCGCCCAACACAGAGCCCAAGUGGGACUUACCAAACUAGACCGGGGGGCUCUGGUGUCCGGCCUGCUGGACUCUCCAAGCGGGCUGCAUCUGGCCCAGGCCGCCGAGCUCUUACGACAGGCCAGCAUGCUGCUGCCUGUCUCUGACUCUUCUGGUCUUAACGUGGGUGGGGACAUGGAAGGCGUCUCGGCCUCCGAUUCGUUGGGGAGUGUGACGGACUUCCCGUUGCUGAGCAACGGUGGCGGAGUAGGAGGCGCCUUCCCCUUCCACCCAGGCCUCUUCAUCAUGACGCCGGCCGGAGUCUUCCUGGCUGACGGAGCGCUGUCCCAGGUGACAGGCGCGACAGAGCACCAGCAGAGCCACAAUGAGAUUUCGUCGGCCAUCAGCGCCAACGGUAAGAAGAAGCGCAAGCGCUGCGGCCUGUGCCCGCCCUGUCGGCGCAGGAUCAACUGCGAGCAGUGCAGCAGCUGUCGCAACCGCAAGACCGGCCACCAGAUCUGCAAGUUCAGGAAGUGUGAAGAGUUGAAGAAGAAGCCAGCUGGUGGUCUGGAGAAGGUGAUGCUGCCCACUGGAGCGCCUUUCCGCUGGUUCCAGUAGGACGCCGGACGGGCGAGUGGACUCUGCUCUUCGCUCGGAAAUAACGGACUGCCAAUCAACCGCAAUGCCACCGCCCACUCGGACUGCCCUGCGGGCUCACAAACACUGGCCACAAAUAACGAAACAAACAAACAAACAAUCUCUCUCCGAACGGCGAGAGAGGAGAAGGCACUAUGUGAGAACGAAGCUGUUUCUUCUGAACCAAAAAUAAACUGCCAUGGCAGCAUGUCAUCGCUUAGUUUUAUUAUUAUUAUUAUAAUUAUUAUUAUUAUUAUUUUUCGUUUGUUUGUUUGUUUGUUUGUCUGUUUGUUCUCUAUGUUCCGUUGGGGAACACCUGACUUCUUAUUUCGAGUCUUGUCCUUUAUCGGACGCUUUGGGAACUCUCAACCGCCAAACAGAAGAAGAAAAAAAUGUACAAUCAUUUUCGUUUUUGCGUGUUUUGUGUUUCUGUUUGUCCACGUGUGGAGGAAUGCUGUAUUUGCGUUAGAGAAUGUAAACUCGAGACUCUGUUUUAAAAGCUAGUUAAUUAAUCCAGAGCACUAUUGUACAAUUAGCACCAAUGUUCUUACUGACUGCCUCAGUAUAUAUAUUUGAUUUGGCUUUUAUUAUGUUCUGUUUUUUUUAGGGGUGGGCGGGGCUAGUUUCUCAUAAAACCGUGGUUUUUCAAAACGCCGUCUGACAUUGAGACAGAGACCGAGACAGAGAGAGGGAAACUUUAUAAUGUAGCAUCCCUUCUUGCCAAACAUGCAGAAAACAAAAGCCUUUAGUGUUCCUUUCUGUGUUGUGAAACAGAACCGGUGGUGGCGUUCCGCACCCAGCUCAUUAGAGAACGGCGGAGACAAAUGAGGAAAGGAGUGUGAACACCAGUGGCACCAGGCUGUGGCAUUUACAGAUCAGAUCAUUACUGUCCACAUCAUCCUGCCCUAUUGGAUACCGAUUGGUCGAGCGGAAAUCAGGGUGGAGACGGCUGAGGGGCCAGACGUGGCCUUUAUAUCCCAUAGAACCAGUUCUUAUCGUCCGAAAUGUGCUGAAAAAAGUUCACACUCGCAGUUUGUGGUACAUCAAACUUUCAUGACGUAUUUAUAAAUGCAAUCAAGUUCAUAAUCUAUAUGCAGCUCUGGAAAAAAAACAAGAGACCACUUCAGUUUGUGAAUCAGUUUCUCUGAUUUUGGUAUUUAUAGGUAUAUGUUUGAGUAAAAUAAAUAAUAAACUAUGGACAGUAUUUCUCCAAAUAAAGUAAUUCCAAAUAAAAAUAUUGUCAUUUAGAGCAUUUAUGUUCAGAAACAUAAUGCAAAGAAAACAAGUUCAUAUUCAUAAAGUUUUGAGAGUUGGUUUUUACGUCACGGUUUUUAUGCAUCUUGGCAUGUUCUCCUCCACCAGUCUUAUACACUGCUUUUGGAUAACUUUAUGCCUCUUCUAGUGCAAAAACUUCAGCAGUUCAGCUUGGUUUGAUGGCUGGUGAUCAUCCAUCUUCCUCUUGAUUAUAUUCCAGAGGUUUUCAAUACGGUAAAAAUCAAGGAAAAACAUCUUAUUUUUUUCCAGAGCUGUAUAUAUACAAUAUAAAAGAUAUAUAUAUAUAUAUAUAGGUUCUACCAACUGUUCUCACUUUUCUAACACUGUUCUGAUACACUGUGUUAGAACAUCACCACUGUGGUAAACAGUAGCUUAUGCUGGAGAGAGUGAGGCACAAACCAACCUAAGAUAAAACUAGGUAAAUUUUUUAAAACAGGAUUCAUGCUUUUGGUCAUCUACUUAUUUUAAAAUAUAUGAAUAAUUCAGUCAGAGCCGGCCACUUAGCCUCCACACCAGGGGGUUAGUUUUAGCACAGUUUUUUUUUUAGCACAGGUAAACAAAAAAGUAAAGUCCAAAUCCCUUGAUAUGGAACAAAAUAACUUUUAAUUUUUCUGUGAAAGUCAGUGUAAUUAGGUGUAUAUUGUUCAAUUUAUCAUUAAUGUUUGAUACAAUAUAAAAAACAACCACCAGAUUCACAUUCUGUUAAAAAAAAACAGCAAUAAGGGUGAAAAGUUUUUUCGAACGAGGUGUUGGAUUAUAAAUGUCACCAUUGUGUAAAAUUAUAGGUUAUGCUGGAGAAAGUGAGGCUCAAAACUAAUUUUGGAUCAAACUGGGUACAUUUUUACGUGAUUCAUGCUUUUGGUCAUCUACUCAUUCUGAAGUAUGUGAAUAAUUCAGUGAGAGCUGGCCAUGCGUAUGUACGGCCUCCACACCGGGGGGUUAGUUUUAGCCCAGUGUUAAAACUGAGUUGCCUAAACAAGGAACAGGUAAAAAUAAAGAGAAACACGUAUAUAAUCAUACAUUUACAGAUAUGCAAUAAAGAAAAAUAAAAAGACUUGUUUUUAAAAAGAAUUUAUUCCAAGCAGUUUUGGAAUAUUUCUAUUGGUCCAUUCGUGAAGCAAUAUACAAAGCAAUGGCCAGAUUCACAUUAUGCCAAAAAGUGAAAAAUCUAAUAAAUAAUAAUAAUAAAUCAGCAAUAAGCAUGUACUAAUUUUUAAAACAGGUGUUGACAGUAUGACCGUAAUAAAAAUAAUACUGAGCCACCAAAUGCUUUUUGCUGUUUUGUAGAUAUAAAUAUCUGCUUACAAAUAAAUAUAAUUGUCUGACAGUCUUUAAAUUGUAAGUGUCAGACAAUCAUAUUUAUUUAUCAGAUUUCUACGUCUUAAUUAAUGAUUCAUUAUUAAUUGUGUUUGCAUUGAUUUCCCAGAGUAAAUGUUGCAGCUAAGGUUAUUACAAUUAACCCUGCUUGUAGGGUGAGUUGCUUUCUGCUGAAUUAUUCAUAAACUGUAGAGGCUAAGGGAGGUGUAAACCUGUGUAAAGCAAUAAUAGUCUUGUUUAAAUACGUUUUAAAUAUCAUUAAAAUAUAAUUAUGUAUUACAGGUUGUGCCCCACUCUCUCCUACUUUACAACAAUCCAUAUUACAAGUGAACUUCAACAACACUGCAUCAUUUUCUCAUUAAGAUUAAGAUUAAAGUCAUUCAGAUUGGGGCUUGGUGUGAACAGUGUUUUUAAAGUAAACCAUGAUUAUUUUACAGUGGUGGUGAAGAAAACACAAACACAAAUUACAGUAUACUGACUCUUUAAAACAACCAGUGAACCAAAGCACAGUACAAAUUCUUGUGUGUACAGGUCUCAUUCACAAUGUUUUGAAUUAUAUAUUUAAAUAUAUUGCAAUAAACAAUAUUAUUGUCAUUUUAA